GAAGAGGAAGAAAUAUACCAUUAUCAGGAUGAAAUAUAUUUCUUAUUCACUGAUGUUGGUUGGUUACUAUGUGACCAUUACUCUUCAACAUGAUGCAUUCAGAAUGGAUGAAAGAGAUGGAGUUUAUAAGGAGUUAUUUUAUCCAAAAGAAGAUUACACCAAUCCGACAAAGGGAUACAGUAUCAAUCACUUGCCUUUAUUUGCAGAACAAAAUUUCACCUUUCCGUAUGAAUAUGUUGCAAGAUUUAGAGCAUAUUACAUCUUAAAGAAAAGCCCUCAUCAACUGUACAUGACCUGUUCGGGAUUAUGCAGAAUAUCAUUUAGUUUGCAAUGCAUGGACCCAGAUAAUACUGCGUUCACAGUUGUGAAUGAAGAAUAUCAUAGUGAAUCAAAAAAUAUUACAAUCAACUCUGCACUUCGAAAGCGAUAUUGUAUUACGGUGUAUCAUCAAGCUAUGACCGAUCAAAGUAACUGGCUAUUUGUUGGUGAGAAGAAAAAUAACACUCUGUCGCCCAUUACUACUUAUGUCGCUCCACACUUUUUUAGAAGAAAGAAGAGCAUUGCAAGAUUUUUUCGGAACGUUGGAAGUUUAGAACAGCUAAGAUCAUCUCCAAACUUUCCGAACUCGCCAGAUAUCAUCACCGCACCGGAAUUUUUUCAAAUAAACGCUUUACCUGUACGAUUUUCCGACAAUCCUGAUGAAACGGUGGGAAUAUACCUCGUGAUGUAUGGGCGAAUAGUUGAAAGAGAGGCUGUAUUUGAAGUGAAAACAUCUGUUGGUUCCUCAAGUCUUAAGUUGGAAGUGGAUGGAAAAGAUAUAUCCAUCUCAGGACAAAAAAUGACAACUAAACUCCUCUUUGGAAGAAGUGAGUACAUUCAUGUCUAUCUCACAGCGGUUGGACGGGUAGCAGACAUAGUUCCAUUGUCUCUAUUUGAAACGAUUAACGGAAUCUUAAUUGGAGAAAAUUUUAUCACCUCUGGCAUUUCUAGUGAGAGAUUACUUGCCAUUAGAAACACCGUAGCAACAGCUGACACCAUCACAGUAGAAAUACAACGACCUUCAGCGCUUGGUUUUAACAGCACCUUUUAUGUGUCCUACAAAGAAGUGGAAGCAAGUGAAUUCACAAGCAAACUAGUUUCCACAAGUUCUACGAUCACAGUGACAGGGUUAAAAGUUCUGACAGAUUACCAUGUUCAAUUGACGGCAACAAAUUAUUUACGAGAUUACGAUGUUUUUACGCCUGUUGUUUCAGUUACAACGUUGGAGGGAGUUCCGUCGAAAGGUCCUGAAAAUGUUGUUGCGCACACAAUAAAUUGUCACCAUGUCCGCAUUACAUGGGAUCCGAUAAACGCUACUUUGACGAAUGGAAUUUUGGUUAACUAUUUUGUUCAGUAUUGGAUGGAUGGCUCAGCAGAACCUUCUCUGCAUUCAGUAGGUCCAGAUGAUACACAGGCUAAUAUCAAUCAGUUGGAACCCUGGAAGAGUUACUUUUUUAAAGUAGCUGGGUCAACCUCUGCAGGAUUGGGAGUGUUUUCAAGCAUCGUAAAUGUACAACAAGUCUAUGCAGAUCCUAAGUUGCCACCUUUUAACAUUUCAAUCGUUACACGAAAUCCAUAUGCUGUAGACAUAAGUUGGCAGCCAAUUCCGAUUGAACAGAGAAAAUGUUUCGGUCUCUACUACAUUCGAUAUAAACCACUCAAUGACGCUGAUUGGACGGAAGUCAUCACAUAUCAGACAAGCACCACAAUUGAUCAACUUCUUCCCGAAGUAUUCUAUGAAUAUGAAGUAGCUGGGGGUAGUGACAUUUUUGGUGCUGCUAACUUUAGCAAUUCAACAAUAUUUGCUACAGAGCCUGACGUUCCUUCAAAAAGUCCUGGAAAUUUUUCUGUGAAUGCAAUAAAUUAUCAUCAUGUCCGCGCUACAUGGGAUCAGAUAGAUAUUCCUUACCGAAAUGGGAUUUUAACUAACUAUUACGUGUUGUAUUGGGAAGAAGCUUCAAUUGUAACUUCAGUGUAUCAGGCUGGUCCAAAUGAAACCAUAGCUGAUAUUGAUAAUUUGGAACCUUGGAAGACUUAUUAUUUUAAAAUAGCUGGUGAGACAUCUGUUGGACUUGGUGUUUUCACCAACGUGCUUACUGUACAACAAAUCUUUUCAGCCCCGACGGCACCACCUUCGGACAUCACCAUUACUUCGAUUAAUUUAACAUCCGCGGUCGUUAACUGGAUGACAAUCCCAGCUAACGAAAGUCAAGGCGCUGAGAUAUACCAUGUUCGAUAUAAACAACUCGUCGAUGCUGAUUGGAGAGAGGUUACCACAGAUCAAAUGAGCAUGAUAAUUAAUCGUCUUGAUGCGGAAAUACCUUAUGAAUAUCAAGUGGCAGGGAAAAAUGCUUUAGGUGUUGGAGCAUUUAGUAAAUCGAUCAUAUUCGCUACAGAGCCUAAAGCAUCAUGGCCGACUAAGCCACCAACGUUAGUACAUGCUUGCUUUACAAGUGGGUCACAGCUGUCGAUAAAGAUAGGAGAGAUUCCCCAGAAUGAUCGCAAUGGUAUAAUUUUGUCAUAUCAAGUAAAUAUUAGCAGGCCAAAUGGAGGAGGGGAAACCGUUUUUAAUAUUUCCGCUGCUUCGAGAGCUACGCUCCAGUACCACAGAAGUUCUGAUCCAGUUGUUACCACGUAUAAUGUUACUAUGGCAGGUUUUACUGAAGAUGGGAUUGGUGUCAUUGGAAAUUACACUUUUCAAAACAUAUUAUGCAGAAAAGCAAGUCGAAGAUACAUAUCAAACGCUUAUUUCAACAACAAGCGUUUGAUGAAUCACGUGAUUCGAGUGGAAUAUGGUGCAUUUGAUGCUGUGCAAUGCAUGUUAACAUUCUGCGAAGACGACGCACGUUGUGAAUCUGUCAACUACAACAAAGAAACAAAAGUGUGCGAAUUAAAUGACAUGAUUUAUACUAAUCAUGCUAAAAAUUUUGUUGACGCAGAUGGCUGGAAGUUUUACCAACUAAUGGCCUCGUAACUUUUUUAGUUGACUAACGCAAAAUACGAUAUUUGCACGUUAUUACCAAUUCAAGAUAGAAACGAAAACAGGUUAAUUAAACAUUCCCAGAUUUUCUUUUUAAUGAUAUGUGGAUCUUAUUAUGAAUAUACAUUGGCCAUGAUAAAGCGUAUAAAGGUAUAAAUAAGCGAAAACAGUGGGGCAGACUUUUUCUAAUUAACAUUUUUAAAUCUCCAUUUUUUUUCAGUAAACAUGGAUUUUUCAACAUAACGAUUUUCGAGCAAGUGUAUGAUUUGUGAUGAUAGAAAAAUAGUUCCAUCCUAUCCUUCCCUUAUAUUAAUGGUAAAUAUUUGAUAUACAUGGGAAUAUGAAAUAUUAUAUAUGUCAUUUUUAAGUGUUUCCACUAAAGUGUUUGCACCAAAAUCGUCUGCUUUAUUAGCAAACCACGCUUUGUAUAUAUUAUAAGGUAGCUUCUAUUGCACCAUGGAGGUAGAAAUAAGGAAGGAAAUUGAACUCUUUUGUUUCUAUUAAAAUCAUUCGUGAUGCGAUCAGUUGCAAAUCUGUUCAUGUUGUCAUUUUAAAUUCUA